AACAAAGCGCUAAAUAAAUUAGAUCGCUAAUCCCAUCUGCAUCAUUCGCGCCGCCCUCAAAGCCACACCUCGGCGGCCUCCGUCGCCGCCCCUCAGGGGCCACCUCGCCGCCCCUCCAACGCUCGCUGCAUCCUCAUCCGACGCCACCUGUCAGCGGCUACCCACGCGCCUGCCCGUCCGUCAACGCCCGAUUGAAACCAUCGCUGCCCAGAUCUGCCUCAGUGGUUUGCAUCGUUGUGGCAACGACAUCGUCGAUCCUCAACUCUGGAACUAAAUCCAGAAGGACUACACCAUUCUCGCGGCUGAUGGCUGUGGAAAAUUGGAAAAUUAGCCUGUCCUAUGAAGAGAGUUCAUGCCAAUGGACCCAAUGCAGAAUACAUAGUGAUCAAACCCAGAGAUACAACAAUGAAUAAAACUCACCCACAUCGACAUGGCACGCACGAAGAUAAUGACAUUCUGUCAGGCAAACAGAUGAGAAAGAGCAGGGAGAAUAUGGAUGGAAAUUUGACUAGAGUACACAAACAAAGCACUCAAGACAAGUCUGUAGUCCAUGUGUCCUCUAAGCAGAAACGUAGUCCUUCCAUGGAGGUUGGCACAAAAGUGAUUCUGAAGUCCUCAGUAUAUCCAAACAAAAGGCAUGUGGCACGUGCUAGCAUUUUGGGUUGCAAUUCAAAAAAAAUUGUUGGUGGUGUUGAGCUAGGUCGGCAGUUCAUAGAAGUGCAAGUUGAUCAACCUAUUGAGGAAUGUGAGCUCUUGGUAAGGGAAAGGGAAAAUUGUAGGACAAUUGGCGAUACUUUCACCUCUGGAUUAACAAUUGCUUGGCCUUCAGCAUGUAUUGAGAGGUUCAGUGGUUGAGUUGAUUUGGAUGAUUUUGCAUGAGGAAUCGAGAUGCAAAUAUGACAUAUUGAUGCAAGAAAUAUUCGAGGGGCACAUUCUAUUGAACAUGAAUAGGGGUGUCACAUGGUAUCAGUGAUAGGAAAUCUUUCGCAUACUAUAGUUUACAUUAAUGGGUUGAGAAAUGUAUUUUUUCCCUAAAAUAUGGAUCUUCUAUAUGUUUAUUGUUACAAAUGCUAUGGAAUGGCAUGGACCAUAUUGAUAUUUUAUAUCCUCGUGCAUAUAUGCAAGCUUUA